AUGCGACGUGAGGCCCUAGGGGCAAGCAAGUUCACCCAUGACCCAGUUUUUCCCCAUUCUCUGCAAUCGUUUGCUCACAGCCAGAUGCUGCACACGGACCCACAGCUUCAGCAGCAACGGGUUCAAGUAGUGAUACGCGGUCAGAGGUUUGAAUCAACUGUGGAAGUUCUGUCAUCAAGUUGCGCGCUGUUUCGUUGUUUCUUUCGGGGCGUUGCUGAUAGGCUGAAAGGCGACGGUGAGCGGAACAAUGACACGAGUGCCUACAGCUUCAUUGAUUGUCAGACGUGCUACACCAGAGCGGCUACUGAAGUUAACGCCCUUUUCAAUUCAAACAAAGGGAGCACCGUAGAUAUGAUGGCUGACGUGGCGCAAGUGGAAUGGAAAGAAGAUUGUUGCAUGUGGCGCUUUGUCUACACAGACAAAAAAAUGGUACCCGAAGAUGUCGGCGUUGUUUUCGUGUACAUUAGGAAACUGUUCCAUUGGAAUAGCAACGGGGCGGAGGAACAACAAAGGCAGCCGCCACCAAAGUUCCCCGUUCGGUGGGAUGAGAUGCCAUACGACGCACAGCUUACCAUGGCACGUGUUGUGUGUACCUUCGGUGUGGAACCACUCCAACACUGCCAUGGGCGCCCAACCGCCUUACCCGACAGCUCGGGGAAGACAAAUGACGUGGCGCACACACACAACCAGGGUCCCAAUGGAGAACACAGUGGUCAAAACAACGGAAGGGGAGGGGAGCAAGCUACACCAUGGGAAAAGGCAGAGGCUUACCUGCGAAGCCGCGCGGAACAGGAACGGGCGCGUACGGAAGCUAAUGCUGACGCAGUUAGGGGCCAACAUCCCAGCGUGGACGACGAGGAUUUGGUACUGGUAACGGUUGCAUGCUCAAGAUGUGGUGUCACGGGGCAUACAGACCACAAUUGUCGGUACUGA